UACUUAGGUAAGGGAUCUGAAUACUUGCUCCGGCGCCGGCACACUUUCACCUGACCUUUUUUGUUUUGUUUUGUUUUCGUGGCUCGUCGGUGGUGCGUGUGCAGCGGUUGACAGACUGACGUUGUGGUGCAGGUUUCAGUGUUGCACAGGCCGGGCCCAGUGCUGCAGGUUGUCCGGUAGGGUGCCUGCCGAGCUACAAGCAUGCUGUUGAUGUCAGGAGCAGAGGAGGGGAACGUGAGGAAUGGCUGAAAUCUGACGGUGAUCUCCUGCAAGGAAACAAACCGGGACAGCAAAUGAUUGUCCGGCAUGUUUAACCGAAGAUUUCACUGUCACCGGAUCAGCCCCUUGGCGACGCGUUAACAGGCACCGCUCGUUUUUUUUUUUUCUGGGGAGGGGGGUUAUUUAAUGGGACAACGAAAACGCAAAAAACGCAAGGUAGGCUACCGCUCCUGUCGCCAGCGCUGCUACUUUAUUUUCAUGGACUAAUACGACACCCAGGGGGUUGAGAAAUGUUUCACUGCAAGCGUCGGCUCGGCUUCAUCUCUUCAUGCCUCAACCGACCAAACCACAUGAGAAGUCGACGUCCGGAAUAGAUUAAACCACAAACAAAGCCUCCCCUGCCCGCCUUUUUGUGUCACUUUCACCUGAACCGACGAGGGAGAAAAUGCGUGUGGAUUUGUUUUGGAUAUGUUUGUGGUGUUUCCUUCGUCCUGGUGCCACCGGUCAAGGGCAGUCGACGGCCGUUUGUUCGCCCUCAUGCAGCUGCGAUGAAGAUGGAGGUGCAGACUGCUCCGGGAGAGGACUGACCACCGUCCCGACCGGGCUCAGUGCUUUCACCUACUACCUUGACCUAAGCAUGAACAACAUUACUGAGCUUCCAGCAUAUGUAUUCAAGAACUUCCCCUAUCUUGAAGAACUACGACUCGCGGGGAAUGACCUGUCAUUCAUCCACCCUGAAGCCCUGUCUGGACUGCAUCAGCUCAAAGUCCUGAUGCUCCAGAAUAAUCAGCUGAAGACUGUGCCCAGUGCAGCCCUGAAGAACCUUAAUUUUCUCCAGUCUCUUCGCCUGGAUGCGAACCAUAUUACCACAGUUCCAGACGACAGUUUUGAAGGCCUGCAGCAGCUACGCCACCUCUGGUUGGAUGAUAACAAUCUCACAGCGGUCCCCGUCGGUUCUCUGAGACACCAGGCGAACCUUCAGGCUCUGACGUUGGCACUCAACCGCAUCUCGUACAUACCAGACAACGCCUUCGCAAACCUCACCAGCCUAGUUGUGCUGCAUCUUCAUAACAACAGAAUUAAAGAGAUAGAAGACAACUGUUUAGCUGGACUCUUGAACCUGGAGACACUAGAUCUGAACUUCAACAACCUGAUGGUUUUUCCCAAAGCAAUAGAGGCUCUUCCCAAACUGAAGGAACUUGGGUUUCACAGCAACGAUAUUACUUCCAUACCUGAAGGCGCCUUCCAUAACAACCCCCUGCUGCGAACCAUACAUCUUUAUGACAACCCUCUCUCCUUUGUGGGUGCGUCGGCUUUCCAGAAUCUGUCCGACCUGCACUCCCUGAUGUUGCGAGGGGCCAGUAUGAUGCAGGACUUCCCCAUCCUCACGUGGACUAAUAACCUUGAGAGUCUGACCCUGUCAGGAACCAAGAUAUCGUCCAUCCCCACCGAUCUCUGUGAGGAUCUCAAGUUGCUUCGGAUGCUAGACCUGUCCUACAAUGAGAUCAAGGGGCUACCGUCACUCCAGGGCUGUGCCAGACUGCAGGAGAUAAGCUUUCAGCACAACCAUAUUCAACAAAUUGAAAGGGACACUUUCCAAGGUCUCUCUGCGCUCCGUUUACUAGACCUGAGUAGAAAUGAAAUCCGAGUUAUUCACCGAGAUGCUUUCCUCACCCUCACUGCACUCACCAACCUAGAUCUGAGUAUAAACUCUCUGACUGUGAUUCCAACAACUGGACUGAGCGCCCUCAGUCAGCUUAAACUCUCAGGGAACCCACAGAUGAAAAAUGUCCUGACUUCAAAAAACUUACCCAAACUCAGGUCCAUCUCUGUCCCUUAUGCCUACCAGUGCUGUGCAUUUGUUGGAUGUGACUCAAUGACGAGUUCUUCUGAGGAAAAUGACCUAAAGAAAUCUACAGGGGGGGAGGAUGUGGAAAGAAUCUCAAUGAUUAUGCACUGCUCUCCUUCACCAGGAGCUUUCAAGCCUUGUGAGCAUCUCCUGGGUAACUGGAUGAUUCGUCUGACAGUCUGGUUCAUCUGCCUGGUGUCACUGGUCUUUAACAGCCUGGUGCUGGUGGCCACCUUCUCCCCCACACACCGACCUGCAGGCCAUUCCCACUCCCUGACUCCGUCUCUCUCUCCAGCCAAGCUGCUGAUGGGGCUGCUGGCCCUGGCCAAUCUGCUCACAGGCGUAUAUGUCGGCGUGCUGACCGUGCUGGACGUUGUCACCUGGGGCUCCUUCGCAGAGUUCGGUGUGUGGUGGGAGAUGGGUCCUGGCUGUCAGGUCACAGGAGCUAUGGCAGUUUUCUCAUCAGAGUGGGCAGUCUUGUUACUGUCGCUCGCAGCCGUGGAGCGCAGCGUGGCCGUGCGGACGAUUCUCGGGAAAGUAAUGAUGUCUCCCAGGAGGAAUGGCAGCAUCCAUCGCAGAUGCUUGAGAGGAAAUCGACGCUUCAGCCUGGCUGCAGGACUACUGGGGCUGCUGGCUGCUGCGGGAGCCUGCCUGCCUCUCCUGACCUCCAGUGACCGGUCGGCCUCUCCUCUCUGCCUGCCCUUCGCUGGUGGUGAGAGUCCAGCUCUGAGUGUUACAGUGGUUCUGGUCCUGCUCAACGCGCUGGCUUACCUGUUCACUGCAGCUGUGUACACUCAGCUGUACUGCCACCUGGGCAGGGUGGAGCUGGCUGAUCCCGAGCAGACAGGUGCCCUGCGACACGUAGCCUGGCUCAUCUUCACCAACUGCAUCUUCUUCUGCCCUGUGGCAGGUUUCUCCUUCGCCCCUCUGUUGACUGGCUCUACAGCCGGCGGCCCAGAGAUCGCCAAGUCUGUCACCCUCAUUUUCUUCCCACUGCCUGCGUGCCUGAACCCAGUGCUGUAUGUGUUCUUCAGCCCAGCCUUCAGGGAGGACUGGCUGAGACUACGCGGCCACGGAGCUUUGACCAGGGAGGUCAAGGCUGGUGCUGAAAGUCAUGGUGAUGAUGGUGGUGGGGGGUUAGAGCUCACAGAUGGAGGCUCCUCCACCCACCUGGGCUUUGACUGUGGGGUGUACUCACAGCUUUGUGGAGAGACAGUUGUAUGUGAGCAGUGCGAGGCAGCGCUGCAUGCCAGGACCUGCUCUUCCCCCUCGUCCUCCACAGUCUGUAGACAUUUGGUGAAGUCUCACAGUUGUCCCACCCUCUUGGCGGGAGCUGCAGUGUGCCAGCGCGCCGAGGGGUUUUGGGCAGACAGCGACACACCCUCUGCUCAGUCUGAGUACGCUGACGAGGGGGAUUCAUUUGUGUCGGACAGCUCAGACCAGGUUCAGGCCUGUGGCAGAGCCUGCUUCUGUCAGACCAGAGGCCUUCCUCUUGUACACUACUCAUACAACAUACCUCGUGUCAAGGACUAAGGAGGCUUCAGAACUCCACUAUGUGCACAGAUCUCUCUGUCAUGUGAAUUUAGAUACUACAAGAAUAUGUAAACCUUUUUAUAUCAAAAAACAAAAUGUGCCAACUACCCUGAUAAAAGACUAUUCAGCAAGCACUUAUGUAAACAGAGAUGGAACCAAUCAUUUAAAGGGAACUUGUAAUUUGGAGGCCAUUUCUAAGUGAGCUGAACUGAGCACAUCAUGUUACAAACUGAUCGACAAAGGAUCUUGCAAAGGAAAAUCUCGCCACCGGUGCCUUCCUUUUGCUUUUGAAUGGAUAUCAUGAUGUUGCGAGCCUUAAUUUGUGUGUCAAAGAUUAUGUGUUUUCUGUUUUACCUGUGCUUCUAAGCUUUUUUAAUUUUAAUUGUUAUACAUCUUGUCAUUUUUUUUAAGCUUCUCCACAACAACUGUUGAUUUUAUACUUCAAUUUUAUUUAAGUAUAAAUGUAGCAAAUGUAAUAAUCAUCCUAGACUUUUCUGUUUGAAUGUAACUUUCAGCCGGUCUUCACCCACCAGAGGGGAAUAAUGUAACGUCAGCAAUAACUUUUGCCCUGCCUGCCUGUGAUCAUACUCUGUCAGUGUGAGAAUGGAAAACGCCAGUCUAUAAUAAACACGUCUUGGCUUUAAGUUACUAAGACUAAGAAUGUGAUAAAAGUAGCAAAUAUCACUGUUUUAGCAACAACUAUGCUUGGUGGUUUUGAAAGAUGUUAUUUAUUGUUUGAACAGCAGGAGUGUCUGGGUGAAGACAAUUUCAGGUGUGUGAAAGGUGGCCCUUUGAAUGAUGAAUAUACAAUAUAACCCUAGCAUUCGCCAAAAUAGAAGCAACUCGUUUUUUUAAUUCUUCACAAAAACCGAAUAUAUGCAUACAGGCUUAGGUAAUUAUUUUCAUUACUCUAAAGGAUAAUCCCUGUUAUUUUUAAAGCUGGGCCUUGUCUGAGAUUUUUGCUGUCAUGCUCUCUGAUUUGGAUCAAACUUUUUAUUUAACUGCAGAGCUACAACAAACAUACAAACAUUUCCUUUUUCAGAAAAGUAACACUUAAAUGAGACCUGCUUUCAACUGGUGUUCAGAUUAUUUUUGGCUGACAGAACAAUUGUUGAUUUAUUGCUCUGUUGAAUAAGUUCAAUAAGCAUAAACUGUUUAAAAUUGGAGUUUCCUGUAAAUAAAAACUGCCUAUUGAUGUUAAAAAGUUCAAACCAAUCAAAGGAAUAAUUCAGCAUAUGCUUAUUCGCUAACUUGCUGAGAGUAAGAUGAUAAGAUCAAUGCCACUUAUCACAUAUUUGCAAACAGCUAGCCUGUUUAAUUUAUUCAAAAACUGAAGGAUUGAACAGUCCACAUAUAACGUGUUAGUGAGCUUUAGAUAUGCUGGUAGGUGGAUUAUUUUACCUUCAGAUAGACUAAGGCUAGCUGCUUCCCCCUGUUUCCAAGCUUUAUGCUAAGCUAGGCAGAUAUGAGAAAGGUAUCGCUUUUGUCAUCUAACUCUGGGAACGAAAGAUAAUAUUUGCCAAAAUGUCACUCAAAAAAAAAAAAAAUACAGCAAACCUUAUUUUCC